AUGAUUUGGAUUAAACAACCAUAUCAGCCAAGAAUUACAAAUGUUCUUCAAGCCACCAAAUUGAGAGCUGCAACAACCUUAAACCACCACCUCCUUUCUACCCCUAAUAAGAAUAGCAAAAUACCACCACCUGCUCCAUUUAUCCUUCCGUUUUGCUCCAACCACAAACAACCCCAUGACAACCUUCCGUUUGCAUUGUGUUCAAGCACCAUCACAACCUCAGCUACUCCACCACCGUCGCACCAUAAACAACCAAAAUCGCUAAAAGUUCUCUUAAGCAUUUACACAAACACUUGGCAUGCUAGAGAAGUCGGGGAUGAACAGAAGACGCUAGGCGAGGAACGGAAGGCGCCGAAGCCUCACACAGAAGCUUCAGCAAAAGAUGAAGAACUUCAGACGAUACCAGUGUGCUUCAGACGAACUUCAGAUGAGGAAGACGGCGACAUCGUGAACGGAGAAGAAGAAGACGACGUCGUGAAUGGAGAAGAACAUGGCGGCGUUCGUCGCACCUUCCAUGAGUCCGACAGAGAGACUUUCAAAAUGAAAAAAAAUUGA